AUGAUUGGAGAUGAAAAUAAAGAAGAGAGGGCAGAAUUUUAUUCAGUGAAUCAAGAUAGAAAUGAGGAAGAGAAGAUGGAACAUUUAGAAAGGAUAGAUAGCGAGAGAAUAGCUCCGACCCCUCCAGGACUUCUAAGCUUUGCUCAUCCUGAGAACCAGGGGAAUACUCGCUUUGAUUCUACCAUCCAAAGGAUUGAUACUGCCCUGAACCACACAAGGCUUGUGUGUGGAACCCCACCAUCUAUCGAUGACUUCAACAUCCAGUCACUUCUUGGUGAGGGAUCAUAUGGAAAGGUCUAUAAGGCAAACUACAGAAAAACAGGAAGGGCCGUUGCCAUUAAGACUAUUGAAAGCUUUUAUAUGGAUGAACCUACGGCGUUUGCUAGUGUUCUCCGAGAGCAACGGAUCCUGCUAUUGGCCAAGAAGGAAAAUUGCCACUUCCUUACUAGAUUAUUCGCCUCUUUCUCUACGGAUCAUUAUACCUGCCUGGCAAUGGAGUUUGUAGAAGGAGGAGACUUGGUAUCCCAUUUGGUCAGAGACGGAAUGUCACAGGAGAGAACUAGAUUUUAUUCCGCCUGUAUUGUACUUGGGCUGCAGUUUUUGCAUGAUCGGAACAUCACCCAUAGGGAUUUAAAACUAGAAAAUGUAUUGCUGGAUAGAGACGGAUACGCCAAAAUUACUGACUUUGGAAUUAGCAAAGAAGUCGAGUAA